UUAUCACAAACUGUUUCAUGGCACCGGCCCUGAACACUGGCCUUCUACUUCUGCCUCUAAUAAACCCCUCACCCGCCACCUUUUACUCUGUUAAACCCUAAUUACCUGUUGGCUAACCGGGCAACCGUUACGCUUCGCUUAAGCUCAAAUCUUCACUGCGGAGCCAAAGAGAAGAAUAAUGGAUGCUGAUGCUAAAUUCGCAGACUCGUUGGACUUGAAAGUGACAGAGCUGCUCAAAGAGGUCCAGUUCGACUACAGUUCUGCUUUCACCAAACUCGUCGAUGACACAGUUUCAUCGAUUAAAGAAGUAAUCGAUAACAUCCCCGAAAAUUUUCAGGUCACGGGGGAUUUGGCUCCGGGUUUUGUAAGCGAUAUUAGCGCAGAUAAAGUAGAAUUCAACUUUAAGAAGCCAAAGUCAGUUGAAAUCGGUGGUAGUUAUGCAAUACGUUGCAUUGCAAAGCCUCAUGCCACUGUAGAUCUUUUAGUUCGUAUGCCAAAGGAAUGUUUCAAUGAGAAAGACUAUCUAAAUUACCGGUACCAUGCCAAAAGAUGCCUUUACCUAUGUGUAAUUAAGAAACAUUUGAUGUCAUCUUCCCCCAUUCAGAAGGUUGAGUGGUCUACCCUACAGAACGAGGCUCGCAAACCUGUUUUAGUAGUCUAUCCGGUCAAGACAUUGGCUGAUGUUCCUGGGUUUUUUGUGAGGAUAAUUCCUACGGCAACAUCAUUGUUUAAUGUUUCAAAAUUGAAUUUGAAGCGAAACAAUGUCCGAGCGCUAAAUCAAGGGGGUGAUCCUCUACCUACCCCAAAGUAUAAUAGUAGCAUUUUGGAAGACAUGUUUAUAGAGAACAAUGCAGAACUUCUAAAGAAAAACUUCUUGGGGUGGAAGGAACUGAGAGAGGCUUUAAUUCUGCUGAAGAUUUGGGCUCGGCAGAGAAGUUCAAUAUAUUCCUAUGAUUGCUUAAAUGGGUUUAUAAUCUCUAUUUUACUUUCCUACCUUGCAACUCAAGAUAAGAUUAACUGUUCCUUGAAGGCAUUUGAUAUAUUUAGAGUUGGGUUGGACUUCAUUGCCACUUCCAAAUUAUGGGAGCGAGGGCUUUAUUUUCCACCACAGGAUCAGAACCGCGUUCCAAAGGAGGAAAAGAAGCAACAAAGGGAAUCAUUUCCAGUGGUUAUAUGUGAUUCUUCUACACAUAUGAAUUUGGCUUUCCGGAUGACCAGAAUUGGAUUCUUGGAGCUCCAAGAUGAGGCUGCUUUGACACUUAAAUGCAUGACGAAUUGUAGAGAUGGGGGCUUUGAAGAGAUUUUCACGAUGAAGAUUGACUAUCCUGCAAAAUAUGAUUAUUGCAUAAGAUUGAAUCUCAGGGAAAAUCGUCAGGUCUAUGCAUCAGGAUUUUGUUUGGACGAUGAAUGUUGGAGAUUGUAUGAACAGAAAGUUCAUAAUCUGCUAUGUCAAGGGUUGGGAGAUAGAGCGAAAUUGAUUCGUGUUAUCUGGAGAAAUAGUAUCGCUGAAUGGAAUGUAGAAGAUGGUUUAUCAACACUUGAUAGAUCACCAUUACUUGUUGGAAUUUCUAUAAGCUCCAUAGAGAAAGCCUUUAGGGUGGUUGAUAUCGGGCAAAAUGCAGAAAACAAAGAAGAGGCUCUGAAGUUCCGGAGGUUUUGGGGUGAAAAGGCAGAGCUUCGGAGAUUUAAAGAUGGUACCAUUGCCGAAAGCACAGUAUGGGAGACUGAGCAAUGGUCAAGGCAUCUUAUUUUGAAAAAAAUCGUUGAGUAUGUACUUCUGCGGCAUCUUUCUCUCUCUAAAGAGAACAUUGUUCAAAUAGUGGAUCAGCUUGACUUUUCUUUGAUAUAUGGUGCCAAAGAUCCUGUAUCAUGUUCUGGAGCUUUAAUUGGGGCAUUUGAACUUCUUUCAAAGCGCUUGCGGCUUAUUGAUGAUAUUCCCUUGGGAGUAUCUAGUGUUCAGCCUUUAGAUUCAGCUUUCAGGUUUACAUCUGUCUUCCCUCCUGAACCUCAUCCACUGGCUAGGGAGAAGGUUGAUACAUCGAGGCUGCAUAAGCUCCCUCAGUCCUGUAUUCAGGCACUGGAUGUUAUGAUUCAGUUGGAAGGUUCUGGUAAUUGGCCAAUGGAUGAUUUGGCAAUUGAGAAAACUAAAUCUGCUUUCCUUCUUAAAAUUGCAGAGAGUCUUCAAAAUAGUUGGGGGAUAACAUGUUCUGCAACUGAGGAUAAUGUUGUUGUUUUCAUGUCCGGGUAUGCGUUUUGCCUUAAGAUUUGGCACGAGAGAGGCCUGAAUUUGGUGAAGAAAGAAACUGGAAAUGGUCCGGUGAAGAGGGUUCCUUCAAUGGAUCGGAAACUGUUUCUUUGUAGUCAGCAUGCGAGCAUGAUCAAUGGAUUGCAGGGUCGUUACCCAGUGUAUGGGCCAGUUGUUAGGCUUGCAAAACGCUGGGUUUCUUCACAUCUCUUUUCGGCUUGCUUAGCAGAGGAGGCUAUUGAACUGUUGGUUGCUUACCUCUUUUUGAAGCCUUUUCCAUUUACUGUUCCUUGCUCACGUAUCACUGGAUUUUUAAGGUUCUUGCGGCUAUUAGCAGAAUAUGAUUGGACGUUUUCUCCUCUGGUUGUGGACAUAAAUAAUGAUUUGAGCAGAAAUGAUGAGAAAGAGAUAAAUGAUAAUUUCAUGUCCAGUAGAAAGGCUAAUGAGGAAAAUAAGCAAAAUAUAAAUGCACCAAUGUUCUUGACUACGUCUUAUGACAAGGCAUCUGAAGCUUGGACAAGUUUCUCGCCGAACUCAUUGGAGCUCAAGAGGUUGGUGGCUUAUGCUCGAAGCAGUACGAACUUGUUGAGUAAUCUUGUAUUACAUGACCAGAGUGAUUCUUAUGGAUGGGAGUGUCUUUUCCGGACACCUUUAAACAACUACGAUGCAAUAAUUCUUCUCCACAGGGACAAAUUACCUUAUCCUCAACGUCUUCUCUUCCCAUCAGAGCUGAACCAAGGGAGUCAUGUGGCUCAUGGGAAAGCCAGCAAGAGUUUUCAUCACUUCAUAUUACCUGGAGAUUUAAAGACGAGCUCUGAGGAGUUGAAAAGUAAGCUCAUGGUGAACUUUGAUCCUCUGAUGUCCUUUGCUGGGGAUUUAGAGAAAGAGUUCAUUACAUUGAAGCUGUGGUAUGAUUCUCUGGGUGGUGAUGCUAUCGGUCUAACAUGGGAUGGAACUUAUUCAAAGAAACGAGAAAGAGACGAAGAAGGUGGAGAGGGGAAAUAUCCCAUUGAUGUUCUAAAAGCUGUGGGUGAAAUUGGGAAAGGUUUUGUGAGAGAGAUUUAUUUGCUCAAAGCUCCUCGUCUCAUGAAAUAAAUCUCUACUCUUACCGGCAGCCAUCUUAUUGACAAACCUGUUGUGAUCUUUGAUCAAGUUUUGACGUCGCUGAUGUUAGCACAGAGGAGAAUUGCUUUACACACGAUUUUGCGGAAUUGUAUAGAUGAAAUAACCACUAAAUGUAUCAUUUUUCAUUAUUUACAGGAAGUAGCUGAUUGAGUUGAAACUAUAUUUUGCAAUAAUCAACAGUUUCCCAACAGAGAAUCUUGCUGGCCAACAUUUUCUCUGCUGCUUUGUAAUUCCGUCGCGAUUAUUAGGCUAUAAUAUUCAGCCUCCAGGAACUUUUCAAGGUGGGUCAAGUAACAAUAUGCCAUGAUAAUGCUGUUGGUAAGUUACACA